AUGGUUGAAAUUGCAAGUCACGUGCCAUCUCUGCCAUUGCGUGGGGACAUUGUUCUUUAUGAUCAGUUUUCCCACCAGGCCAUUCAGUCGGUUGCAUUCCGGAGGUCUGGAACUAGAUGGGUUAUGUUUUCUGUUCGUUCUAUGGUACAGAGAUGGCUUUUCUCACAGCGUCUAAACUGUGGAGUUUUCGUAAGGGCGAAGUCACACAAUCCGGAUGUGAAUGUGUCGAUCAAGGUGAAGGGAGGGCAAACUGGAACCAGACGAAAUACGCUACCUCUCUUGAUUGUGAAAACGCGUUUUGUCAAACACCAUAGAGGAGAAAAACUGUCAUCUUUGUUGAGGUAAAUAACGUUCUCGCCUACUCUCCAAUGGGACACUUUUGGCAUACAAUUUGAAAUGCUAGCUGUCUGGCGAUACGCCAUUUUCGCCAUUGCAUGCAUUUCUGAACAUAUGUGCUCUUAGCUCGAUCAAUGCCACACUAAAAGGAUAUAGUGAUGUCCCCCUUAUCCUCUGUCUGUUAUACCUAUCCUUUCGACGAGAUAAAGCCCUUCGAACCUCCUGUAUAAGUCGAUAAGACUUAGGUAGAAAAAUGGAGGGGCCUUUGCUCGCAGGGCGGGUGAUACAAUCAACUCUCGCCUUGCGGACACCCCGCAAUAACGGACACCCCAAUAAUACGGAGAACAGCUACAUCCCAGGCAAAAAUAAAUUACAGGCGUUUGACUGAUAUAAACUCCCACUAUUACGGACUCUCGCUAUUGAGGACACUAACUCGCGGUCCCUACAAUGUCCGCUAUAAAGAGAGUUGACUGUAUUAGUGUUUAGAUCUUCAUAAUGCUUUCUUUUAUAUAUUCUAUAGUCCCAACAGUCACAGGAAUGGGCAAAGCAACGGUAGGAAAAAGUGUUCUGACACCCAGGGUCUUUUCGUUUACAAAUUUGACAGCGGCAGAAAAUUUUUCAGCAUUCGAUUCCCUCGUCCAGAAAGACAAUAUUUCCCUCUCAAUUACACGAGUUUGAUUUUGAUUUACAUAUAUAAAGUGACAAAGGUAACAGGUAAUGAAAGCUAACCACUUCGACCACUUUUUCCAGUGCUUAACCCCAGUCACUAUGGUCGGUGCAUUUUCCCCUAUAUAAGAAAUUAUUUUGUGUAAACAUCAUAAGGUGUCCAACGUGGUUCUGGACAAUGGGACGAUGGAAUCUAAUGAGAGGAGACCCUUUUCUUUUCUGCCGCCGCCAUACUGGAAAAAACGACUCGACCCUGGGGACGAGGUUUUAAUUUUGAUUCCAGCUUGGGAGUUCGUGGGACUUUAUUCACACUAAAGUGGAUACACAGCCGCAAACGACCAAACAAACAAAUCAUUUAAUUAUUAACGAAGGAUGGACCAAUGUACGGUCAAACUGGGUCAAGCAUACAGCCAUAGAUUGUAUUAGUCAAUUGACUAGAGCUGUAGUUGAAAUACGGAUCCGAUUGUUCGUUACUGCUACUAGUGUCGACUAAUUCAAGUAUGUAUCUGUUUUGGCUCAAUUUUAUCUCUGGUUUAAUUUUUACUUUCCUCAAGAGCCAUAUGGCUCUUGCUUUUCUUUGUUCCAAACUCAUUACCACACAUUACCAAACCCCAAAAGAAAGAAAAUAAAAUUUAAGCCAGGGAUAGAAUUGACUGACAGCCACAUAUCCGUGGAUGUAUAAUGAUCGAAUAGUGAAUUAUAAGAAUUUGGUCACACUAUACGUCUUUUAAACUUUUGAAGGAAUAAAAUUACUUCCAAGACCACUACCUACUGCAAGGAGACAGUAGCUUGGACUAUUCUCACUUCAUGAAUAAUUAGCCCGUAAGGCAGGAAAUAGCUAAGAAACUUCUCAAAUUCCGUCACGUGAAGCCUAUGAUUGAUGGCAUGAUGCAUCGUGGUCCUCGCUUAGGAUAGUGCGAUUUUUGUGUCCUCCUUUUUUAUAAGCAGUUCCGCGUUCAGUGAAAGUGACUUCAAAGUUUCGCCCCUCUCACACCCUCGGGUGCUGGGUGACGGGGUGACGUUGUAUACUGCAUGCCUUUGCAACUAUACUAGUCACGUGGUACAAAAGUGCCAUGCCGGAAAGCAAGGAACGGACUGAGACAUGAAAAACAAAAGACUUACUUCAUUUUAAAUUGCCUAUUGUCCUGGCAGUCACGAUUCCAACCUCGUUCCCAGGGUUCUUAGGCGGGUAGGAGAGAACCCUGGGAACGAGGUUGUCACGAUUCCACCCCCUAACUUAAUUCCCCGUGACGGGAUAACAGGUAGGUGAUGCGAAUAUUGUACUUCAAUAUACUUUCAAUUUUCAAAUAAUUUAUUUAAUAAAAUCUAUGUGGGUUCGCUUGACCACGGUUUGACCGUAAGUCUUAAAUUUCAGUUAUAGAAAAGUUCUCUAACAGGUGUUUUUUUAAUAGUCAAUGACGAAACGGUUUUAUAAUAGUUUUUUCCAGAUCAAAACAAAUGUUCGAGCUGCCUCGAAGGUCCAGACGUCAUCUAGCAGCCAUUCGUGACGAGGGUCCAUGUUCCAUUCGUCGCAUGACAGUAGAUGUCAGGCGACAUCUUGGUUGGAACGAUGUCAUCAUUCCCCGCGUUUUCGAGUCAUUCCGGUGUGGAGGUGAAUGCAAAUUCCCGUUGGAUACAAGUGUAAGUAUUUUUUGCUUUCAGCAAAAUAUUACAAAUUGUCCUUUCUUAACCUUGAACACACUCGUUUAGCACGAAACAAAGCUACUGUCUGCAUGCAGUAGGUAGUGGUCUGAGUGAGUGAACGCUCGUGCGGGCUUCCUUUUGUACCUUCGGCAUGCAAGUCUUAGAAUUACCUCCUCUGUCUCCUUAGCUUGAGUUACAGCAUCUCUUGUGGGUGAAGGACUUUUAUAUCUCUCAAUGAUAAAGGAGAAUGUGGUUGAGUACUCGGUCCCCAGGAUAUGUAUACAUGAUCAGUAGAAAGAUUAAGGGCAACGUGAAUUUGUACCACGUGACCAAGUUUUCAAUUUACUUAUCGUUUACUGUUCAUUAUAACUACACGAAAAUCGGUAGAUUCGUGCCAAUUCUAUCCAUACAAUUGUUUUAAGCUGUUUUUAUCUACUCAAUUCUCAUUUUGAAAAUCUCACGUUUGCCGUUUGCCGUAAACCCGAUGCUUAAUCUCUUCAGUAGUAUCUGGUCGUAUCUAAGCAUGGCAUGUUUGUGGGGUCGUGUACUAGUCACAGAUCCAUGUGCUUGGACGGGGGAAACCUGACAAGUUUGUUAACGCCUCCCUGUUUUGAAACGAUAUUAAAAGAUCUUAAAAUAGAGCUAUCAUAUUUUUGAUACUUAAGAGAGAGCAUUUAACUAUUUUAUAGGUAAAUCCAAGCGGUCACGCCAUUUUGCGAUCAAUCUUACACUCAUCUGGACUAGAUCAAGGUGCCGGAGAGCCGUGUUGCGUACCGAUAAAACUGCACGGUGUAAGCAUGUUCGAAGAGGAUUCGCAGGGUCACAUUGGGCUGAAAACCCACCAAGGAGCGAUUGUUGAGGAAUGUGGAUGUCGCUAAACAUCUGUCCUUCGCACCCAGAGUUUGGCAAAGUCUUGUACUCCUGUUCCAGACUCAUUGUCACUUUAAAUGAAACUAUUCGUGAUGGAACUAUCUUGAUUGACAAAUUUAUUACAUCCACCUUGAAAUCACUGGCUACCCGUGCAAUUUGAUUGGCUCUCAGCAGUGUGAUUUAUUCCUAAAUCGCCCCAUUUUUUGCUCUAAAUCGCAUCUGUACCAAAUCGCGACAGUCAUGUUCUAAAUCGCAUGAUUUCUGUUUUAAAUCGCACCAUUUUUGUUCUAUAUUGCAUCAUUUCUGUUUCGAAUACAAAAUGAGAUGUAAAAGCCUUUUUGUUUCGGCUUUUUAACAAACCGGCUACUCGAUCAAUAAAAUGUUAGUACUGACUAAAUUCUGCGAUUUCAAAAUGGAUGUAAUAAAGUGGUAAUUGAACUUCGUGUCGUGCAAUUUUGGUCUGAAAUCAUGCUUGUGAUUUCAAAUCGAACUCGCGCUGCGCGCUCGUUCGAUUUUGAAAUUACGCGUAUGAUUUUAGACCAAAUUGCACUCUACUCAGUUCAAUUACCAUUAUUAAUCAACCCUUUAAUUUAAACCCAAGUAAUUUUUUUACUUUUUCUUCAACACUAAGAUUUCAG